CAUACUUCUUAGGUCAGGAUCCCUUCUUCCAAGAUCCAGUGAAUGCUUCUUUGUCGCUUCAGGUGCUAUGAAUGUAAUGGGCAGAGUGGGGGUGCACUGGGGUGUUUGUCCCUCCUUUUUUGUAUUUUCAGUGCCAUUCUUGAAAUACUUUUUCAGGUAGGUACCAGGAGACAAAGAAAGUUCUCUGCUGUUUUUUCCACAGAAGGUUGAGCUUCCUUUGUUUCCCUGCUUGAUGACUCAGUUUACCGCUUAAAUGCAAUUUAAGGAGCGCACACAUUCCUUUGCUUGUUUGAGACAGACUUGUUUGCCAACCUCAGUUUAGAACAUGUGUUAAUAACACCAUAGAGUGGAAUCUUAUAACUUCACCUACAAUAUAGUCACAUACAUUUUACCAGGAAAAUAAUGACCAGCAAAGUAGGAGUUUUCAAAUAAUACUUCAAAAGGCAUACUUUGUACAAAGAUUAUUACAAUGGGGGUAGGCUGUGGACAUGGGUACAUUGUAUCACACUAUGACAGGUAGAAUUCUUUUAUUUGAAAAAUACACCCUUUAAUAUAGCGAAGGGCUUCUCAAACUGUGGGUCAGGACCCUAAAGUGGGUUGGAACCCCAUUUUAGUGGGGUCACCAGACCUGGUGUUAGACUUGCCUGGGCCCAGGACUGAAGCCCGAGCCCCACUGCCCAGGGCCAAAGCCCGACGGCUUCAGCUCUGGGUGGCAAGACUCAGGUUAUAGGCCCCACCUUCUGGGGCUGAAGUCCUUGGGCUUUGGGUUUGGCCCUCCCACCCAGGGUGGUGGGGCUUGGACUUUGCACCUCCCCCCGGCCUGGGGUGGCAGGACUCAAGUGGGCUUAGGCUUUGGACCCCCUCUUGCGAAUGUGUAGUAAUGUAUGUUGUCAAAAGGGGACUGUGGUGCAAGGAAGUUUGAGAACCCCUGAUCUAGUCUAUUCUUGGAAGUUAUUUUGUUCAAUGGCAUACUGACAAUGAGGUUUGCUGACAACUCGCAUCGUGUCACAAACCCUGUAUAUAUGAGCAAAACGUACAACCGUAUAACGACAUCAAGGUAGUAACAAGGAUGUAAAGCAAGGUUUCAACUAGUGUAAUAGGGACCCUGGUAACCUUUCAUUUGAUACAUUGGUCAUAUUAGCACAGCCUGCCCACGGCGCGAUAGAGAAAUUUGCAUUGGCAUACUAAUGAGAUCGACACAACUUUGCUGGUGCAAAUGUCUCUAGAGCCCACAAAGCUGCAGUUUGCUCCCGCCACACGCUCCGUUGUAUUCGACGCCUUGGGUUGUUUGUAGGAUGAUAGUACCUAGCAGCCCCCGCCCCCGGCGCGGAGCACUAGCCAAAGACCAAACACUUAUUGCAGAAGCCAUGGAGCUCUGGAGGCUGGAGCGAGCGGGGGCUUUUCUCCCAUCCCCGUCCCAGAGCAGAUACCACUUCAGAAAGCGCCAGCGAAGGUGCCCAGCCGCUAGUUCUUAGCUCUCAGAGGCCUUGGAUGCAGCCUGUGCGGACGGCGCCUCCGAGGCCCUGCUGCCACCCAGCAGCAGGGGGCGCCCUUCUCCUUGGCGCCAAGACGAGUGACCGGGGUUCCCUGGCCCCAACAGGGCUGACGCGGCCGCUGCCCAGCGAGGGGCUUGGACCAGAGCAGGCCCGCAGGAUGGCCGCGGUCUUUCCGCGCGCGCGCGCGCGCGGGAGGGGGGGAGUGCGCAUGCUCCGUUCGCCGCCACACCCAGCGCCCCCUGGCGCCGCGCCCGGGAGGGAGUCGAACCGCUUCCGGUCUCCAUUUUACGCCAGCGGAACAGCGGCCGGACAAGCUGAGCCGCCGCCGGACUCGGCGGACACUGCCCUGGCGUGGCUCGUCGGGGUCCCGUCUACUUCCCCGCUCCCUGUACUGUAGGGGCGGCUCCCACCGAGGCCGCGGGGAUGGGCGGCCGAAGCCUCCUUGUGGAACUCGCCCCCGGACACUGAUCCUCCGGCCCCGGCCCUCGAGCUUCAGCGGCUUCGCCCGGCGGGGAGAGAGCGAGCCCGUGCGAGCAGCAUGGACCAAAGCCUGGUGGGUCACCCGGUGACCCUCAUCAUCAAAGCGCCCAACCAGAAAUACACCGACCAGACCAUCAGCUGCUUCCUGGACUGGACCGUGGGCAAACUGAAAACUCACCUCUCCAAAGUCUACCCCAGUAAGCCGUCUACAAAGGAUCAGAGACUGGUGUAUUCUGGCAGACUGCUUCCUGAUCAUCUGCAGCUGAAAGAUAUUCUCAGAAAACAAGAUGAAUAUCAUAUGGUUCAUCUAGUAUGUACUUCACGGACCCCCCCAGGUUCUCCAAAACCAAGCACCAGUUCUGUGUGUCAUGGAGCAUCAACAUCCAGCAGCAGCUCAAAUUCGGAACAUUCUGGAUCAACAACUCCGUCACCCACAAGCCAAGAAUCUUUAUCUACAUCUCUAAACUCUAGCUCAGAUGGAGUGAGGCAUCGUAACCUUCCACAAACACAAAGCAAUCCUGUGCAAAGUGACCAGUUCCCAUAUUUAAUGCAAGGCAACAUAGGCAACCAGUUUCCAGGUCAAGGUGUUUCUACUGGAUUUCCAAUGUACCCUGCAUUCAGCCCAUUACAGAUGAUAUGGUGGCAACAAAUGUACGCACGCCAGUACUACAUGCAAUAUCAAGCUGCAGUUUCAGCCCAGGUGACAUCCAGCACUGAGCCAGUCAGAUCGGCCGUCACGCAGCCUGUAAAUUCAGAGCAUGUUCCUGCAAAUGAGCCCCCAGCAGUGCCAAAUGUAGCAGCACAGGAGAACAGGCCUGUAAACCAGAAUGUUCAAAUGAAUGCACAAGGAGGUCCAGUGGUGAAUGAGGAGGACUUCAAUCGAGACUGGUUAGACUGGAUGUACACGUUCUCUAGAGCAGCUAUUCUCCUCAGCAUUGUAUACUUUUAUUCUUCCUUCAGUCGGUUUAUCAUGGUGAUGGGAGCCAUGCUACUGGUUUAUUUACACCAAGCUGGAUGGUUCCCCUUUAGGCAAGAGGGAGGCCAGCAACAGGCAGCCAAUAACAAUGCAGAAGUGAACCGUGAUGGACAAAAUGUAAAUAACCCUGACCUUGAGGAGAUGGAGCGUCUUAUGGAUGAUGGGAUUGAUGAAGAGAGUGGAGAAGAUGCAGGUGAAGAUGGCAAUACAGAGCAGCAUCCUGGAUUCAUGGCUUCAGCUUGGUCCUUCAUCACCACCUUCUUCACAUCGCUUAUCCCUGAAGGACCUCCACAGGUUGGCAAUUAGGCUCAAGAGGAACUGUGCCAGGCAGCAUAAGCAGCUGUACAUAGAAGAGGGAGCUGAAUCUAGGGGGUAUUUUAAAUACAGUGCAAUUUCAAAAGAUUUAUAAUAACUUUUUGAUCAUGGUGUACAAAAAUGUGUAUUUUUUUCCCUUUUGGCUUUUUCAUGCAUAUGAAUAUUUUAAGCACAAGUGGACUACUAAUUUUUUUUAAGUUCUUCUUUUUCUAAAGAAGAUUAAAUGUAAAGAUAUUGGUCUUCCAUGUUUUAUCUUAAUUUUAGUUGUACAUUACACUGAGACAAGAAGUUUGUAGGUUGUGUGCACGAUUAUUCCUUUGAAGAGCUGUUAAAGUAUAAAUGUCAACAAUGAAAACCUUUUUAAAAAUGAGAUUUAUCCUCCUGGUAACUUUAACUUAACUGUGAGUCUUCCUAAUAGUCUUAAUCACUAUAUAAAUCCUCAUCUGAGUUUUGUGUUUAUGGCAUCCCCAAAAGAAUUUUAUUCAGACAAAGCAUUACCUGCUAAUGGUAUGUUUUUUUUCUUGUGCCAUAAAGUACUAAAUCUCUCAUGUAAGAAGCUAGGAAGUUUAAAUAUCUUGAGGCUAUAUAGCCAGUUUCAAUACAUUUUGGGGUGAUUUUCUUUUUUAGACAGCUCUUCAAAGAAAAUUAACAGUGAUAAAGUACAUCAUCAAUGUUUGAUACAUACAGUACUUCAAAAAAAAAUGUACUGGAAAACGUAUGUAAUUAGUUUUUUUUAAUAAAAACCAAGUUACAGUAA